CCUUCUCCUGCUCACUCCCGUCGACAUGGACUCGAAACUGAAAGCGCUCAAGGUCGUAGACCUCAAGGACAUCCUCCAGAAAGCGUCCGUGCCACUGCCUUCAAAAGCUAACAAGGCCGAUCUCAUAGCUGCCAUUCAAGCGAACCCCGCCGCUGUCGCAGAGUUCGAGAAGCGCACAGGCGCGUCUUCCAAGCCGGUUACCGCGUCGCCUGCCCCUGCUUCAAGCUCUACAACCGCGAAAGCCUCCACGGCCUCUGCAGCUCAGCUCAGUGCCCCCGCCCCGUCUUCCAAGCCAGCCUCAAAAGCAGCACCCGCUGCAGCUUCCACAAGCCAGCCCCAGUCUUCCUCAGCUCCCGCGACUGCCGCUAAGCCAGAUGCAAAUGCUUCGACGGAACAGAGCAAGUCGGAUGCACAAGCCAAAGCUCCUGAAGAUGAAGAGGCUGAGAAGCGAAAAGCACGAGCAGCCCGCUUUGGCCUGCCAGUAGAGGAAAACCCCGCCGAAAAGCCAGCACCUCCAGUUAGUAAGAGGGGGAACAAAACGUCCGCUGCUAAGACGGACGCGCCACCAGACGAUCCUGAAAAGCUGCAAGCCCGUGCUGCCCGCUUCGGUACAGCGGUGCAAAAUAACGGCGCAUCGACUAAGACGACAGGGCAGAAGCGGCCAGCGCCUGCUGAAGAUGUGGACCCGGAAGAGCUGGAGAAGAGAAAGAAACGAGCUGAGAGAUUCGGCAUUCCUUUCGUGGGGGACACGAAGGCAUGAGUUUUGAUGGGUCGACGCUGACGUUCUGUAUUGCUCUGUAUUUAUGCGUAGUAUUCGAGUCAUAUAUCCCCAUUGUUGUGACACUUUAUGACACGAACUGCCUUUGCUUGGUC